CCCCGGCGAGUACGACCGAGGCACGACCGGCACGCGUGCCGGAGUCGAGCGGCAGACGCCACGAAGCGCGCACGCCUUGCUGCGACCACGACUCGCCGCAGCUGCUGCUGCCUUGCCGCGGCUACGGUUAUACACGAGCGGGGGGCGAGUGCUGUUGCUUGCUGCGGCUGCGAGCAGGAGCGAACAGCCGCGUACGCAGUCGAGUCGGCCUAUCGUUGGCAGCGAACCUCUCAAGAGCUGUCUUUCCGCGCAUCAUCGCUGACGGACAAGCUGCGAUCGUAGACAGCUGCUUCUGAUGUCACCAGUGCACAGCGCGGGAGCCGCGUGAAGUGACAGUCAUGAGGUGGCAAGACCCCGGAAGGAAGGACUCGACGUUCCGGUGGCUUCUGCUGUGUGUUUCCUGCCUCGCAGUGCAGCUGCUAUGCGGCGUGCUUCCAGCGGCCCGAGCAGUGGAGGCUGGAGGCAGUACGGGUGGCGCGGGUAGCAGCAGCGAGGUGUACCUGAGCAGCGUGGAGCGCGAGAGUGAUUCUCCCGCGACAAGCGACACGCCUGCGACGUCGGCCGAGACGCCGGGAGGAGACGACCCGUCGGUUCCUGCUCCGCGGCUCGCCUUCCUCGACAAGAUGCUCGAGCAGUACGACAAGCGCGCCUGGCCCACCUACGGCAUGGGGCAUCCAACGUACGUCAAAGUGAACAUAUACGUGAACAGCAUAGGGCCUGUCAACGCGAACAACAUGGAAUACGGCAUGGACAUCUACCUGCGCCAGUCUUGGCAGGACCUGCGGCUGAACGUGAGCAAGUACGGCGUUACCACGCCGGUGACCAUCAAUGGCGAGGACAUCAUGGGCAAGAUCUGGAAGCCCGACCUGUUCUUCCGCAAUGUGAAGGAGGCCAGCUUCCACUACGUCACUGUGCCCAACAAGCUGGUCAAGCUGGGUCCCGACGGAGAGGUGCUGUUCAGCAUGCGCCUCACUCUGCGGCUCGCCUGCUUCAUGUCCUUCAAGCACUUUCCCCUGGACACGCAGAGGUGCCACAUUCUGCUUGGACCCUAUGCCCAAACCAUUGAACAAACAGCAAUUUCCUGGCAAGACACGGACCCCAUCGUGCUUGAACGGCCCAUCGAAAUUCCCGAGUUUGACCUUGUCCACAACACGUACGGACAUUACAACCGGGCUAUCGACACAGGCGUGUUCAGUUUCCUCAAUGCUACGUUCACCUUGGAGCGCCAGAACGGCUACCACUUGAUACAGACGUACCUGCCCACUUUUCUGAUCGUCAUGAUCUCAUGGGUCUCCUUCUGGCUCAACGUGGACGCCACGCCCGCGCGAGUCACCCUCGGAGUCACCACGCUGCUCACCAUGACCACCGUUGCGUCCGGUGUGCGCACCCAGCUGCCGCCCGUGUCAUACAUCAAAGCCAUCGACGUCUGGAUAGGCGCCUGCUCCGUCAUGGUCUUCGGAGCCCUGCUAGAGUUCACGCUAGUCAACUACCUCUCGAGAAGCAAACUACGCCCCGAGGAGUUUCGCAAGUCCAUCAACAUAUUCCAUCGGAACCGGAAAAGCGGUGAAAAACAAGAUGGCGAGGAAGGUCCCACCAAGUACGAGACGCGCGGCCACAUGGAACUUCAGAAGAACCUCAAGAGGUCCCAGAACGUAGACAAAGUGUGUCGCAUCAUGUUUCCGUUCGUGUUCUUCGUCUUCAACGUCGUCUACUGGUUCUACUACCUCUACAUGAGCGAGUUCACUUGAGACCGAGACGAAGGCGUCUUGACCCGACACGCGUUGACCUCUCAAAGUUAGACUUUUUGCCGGAAGGUCAACAGGGUCAAAGGGCAAACAUGGUCCCUGUCGACCAAACAAAGAAAAAAAAGACAAGGAAUGGAACAAGAAACACUUUGGUAUAUUUCGCACUACGGAAACGUUCUCUCUAGACUUGUGCUACGAGUACAUGCCGAUUGUCGAUGUUAACUACAGAAGUGUUAGCGACGCCGGAUUCUGCAAUGCGUGGCGGAUGAAAUGAGGAGAUCUAGUUAAAUAUCCGAACUCACAGACAGAUGUUUCAGUCGGUUACGUCACCUUACCGAGCAGCGUGUGCUUGCAAUCAUACGUCGAUCGAUUGAGAAAGUUUGAGUCUCUACUAAUUCGUGAAACGUAAUCGGUGUCACACGCCCAUCUCUUGAGAGUCGCAGUGUGAGAAGGAGGCACAAAUGGAAUACGCCUGUGUACCUUGGCAAGCAGCAUAGGUGUUUAACUCUAUGUAUUUCUUCAGACCUGCAUUAUAUCUCUCAAUAAGCAGUGCGUGUAGAAGACUGAUUACGGUGACAGCGAGCACUUUACUUUCUGAUGCAGCCGCUGGCUUACAAAGAUUCCAUUACAUUUACUGUUUUCGUCCAUUCAUUCUUAACCAUCAGGCAUCGCGCAGAGGUAGCUAAAGUUUUGUUAUGGUUAGCUUUGCCUGGCAUGUAUGGGAGCGUACUCGCAGCAACUGAACUUUUUUUUUUACUUUACUCUGCGUUGCUAAGCCUGUUGCUUGCCAGCGCAUUACUGUCGGAAACGAUGAGAGCGAUGAUAUUGCAAACAGCGUAUUCACAAAAUGUUUUUUUUUAUUAACUGUUAUGUUCUACUGACAAAGAAGCAGAGCAGGUUGCGUCCUCUGGCUCGUUUUGUUGUACUGAUCGGUUCUGUUUGCUGAAACGGAGUCCGCUUACAGUGGUUUGCUUUUAAACAUAUUUCUCAUGUGUAUCAACAAACCAGGCGCUCAAUGGAGUCAACGUCACAACCACGAUAUUUUGCAACAAGCCACAUUGAUGCACCAAGCUAAUAUUAUGUCGAACUUUUUUUUUUGCUUUUAGGAAUUAUACUUUGUCAUUCUGCGGCUUAUGUGAGAGAGAAACCAACUAGGGAUUAAAGUGCCACAAUGGUUGUGUGUGCUGCUUGACUAACCUUAAUGAAGCAUUUCUAGCCCAAGUUAAUUUUGCUUGUGUGGAGCUAAUGGGCUGAAUAAGAUGCACAUUAGCUGAGCUGCUCUCUUAAAGGCGUCCUCAGACACAUUAUCUUGUUUUUUAUUCAGCUUCAGAGAUUUGUAAAUUUUAACGGACUUUGCUGUCGCACAGUGCUUUCUUUAUUGUUGAAAGCCUCCCAUGUGUUCUCUGAGCAGUAAAGCUUCAUCCUGACAGAAUCACUGUGAGAAGGCAGAUGCACACGAAACAACCUGAAGGACAAUCCUUCUUUCACAAGGAUGAUCCGCAGCGGGAAUAUCAAGUGGCAGCCCCUAGCAGCAGGAACCCAUUUACUGUUCAGUCACAAAUGUAGAACCAGAAACGGCUACAGCAUUUUUUAACGUAUCGGCGGUACUGCUUCAUUUGUAAUGUGGCGCCUUCAAAGAGUUAUACGCUGCCUCUUCUGAUAUUACCUCGUUGAGAAAUAGUCGGCACAAAACACAACGCAUUUCCCUGCGGCGGUUCUCACGUAACCCUCGCGAAAAUACAGACUCGUUACCGUAAGUCAACCUUCUACGUUUAACAUUAAAGCGUCAGCCACGCUACAUCAUAACCCACCAAAUCAUUUUGGAACGUGCAUGGGCACGGUGCAAUUUUUUUUUUCCGGAGCGAAAAUCACCAUGUAUUAAUUUUCAAAGGCACAGCGAGGUUACAGUUCAAAGCACCGAGCAUUUCUGGUAGCGUGCGUGAUACCACCACUGCUCGGCGACAGACAUAUGUGUCAACACGAAAAUGUCACCGAAGCCCUCACUUUUUAAAUAGCGAACAUAAUCGAAGUUGUGCAGGACUUCGCGUUUGAAGCAGUAGAGAAGAUUGACGACCAAACCACAAGGCACCUGGUGGGACCAAACUUGCCUGCAUGCCUGGGCUUUGAGAACCACGAUGACAUCUCUACGAGCAUGAUGUGUAUUUUGCUACACCCUUAUGACGCAUUGUUGUCUCUCCAAUGCAUAUGUCGUGUCGUCUAGUCAAAUGAACGUGCCCGCUGGAAGAAAGCAUAGUGUUUUCCUUUUCACGUGUAUCGUUGGCUCUUUGCAGAGGAAAGUGUGGAGUUUCUCGUGAAGCCGAGCGGGGCAUCCGGUGAUAUUUUCGGCUACUUGUUGCAGGAACGGAUACCGGCAAGGCGAUCGCGCAGAUAUCCGCGUAGUUGUUUAGUGUCCCUAGUAACCGUCAAUAGCCGUUGUAUGUUCAUCAACUGCAUCCGUAUAGCCAGGAAGAAUGUACGAAAUCUCGAAAUGACAGCCUUUUCUUAUUACAGGCAUCUUAUCCCUGCAACAUUCAUGCUGCAUAUAUGAUAUGCCUUAAUAACAAUGAGAUGCUUACAGUAAUAAUGCCAUGAUGUUGGCAUUAAUAUUGUAAUUGUUUUAUAUAUUUCGCCAUGAAGCUGGUGUCGCGAACCAAACAAUACAUUGCUUGCGCCAAAGGACGGAGUACUUUAAUGCGAUAUGCGCUAGACACCUUGUCUGAAGAGGGCGCCAUGAUGCGCAAGUAAAGGAUAAUGCGAUUUGAUAUCUCGCGGUCAUAAAACCAAUGUUCUUAUAUUUGAGCUAUCAUUCUUCAACUAUAUCAAAGCAAGAACGCUUACUUUCGAUUACUUGUACUUUUAAGAAGCACAUAGAAAAUGCCAUCGAUAAAGGUUCUCGAACGUGUGUCGCAGACAAUAUUUGCUCAUGCUGUUAUCAGCCGACGUUGAAUGUCAUGUGGUCCUUCUAUCAAUAAACGCACUUACUUUUACAUUAAAACCUGUAAAUUUGCACAUUGGAACUGCUUUGAUCACACUUGGGCGCAUCUUAGCUGCUCUUUCAUAGGCGAAAGGCUCUUUCGUAGGCAGAGCGAAACACCAGUGUCUUGUUACUAUUAGUUACCAUGUACUAACAUGUACUAAAUAUACUGGUGGUAAAAUGGGAACAAGGUUGUGUGACAUAUUUCGAUGACAUGAUCUCAAUACAUUCUACAAUCGCAGCUGUAUCACCAGAAGCAUAUAUAGAGACCUUCCUGUUGCAAUCAAUAGUUCACCUUUGCGAAAUACUGUGCACUAAGACUUUGCUCGUAGGUGCGAAUUAUUACAAUCGAGCAGUACUAGAACUAAGACUAUAUUUAUAUAAAAGAAACCGUUAAUGAUAUUCUUGGAAAGGAACUCUCACAUUUAAGCUGCAACUUCGAACUCGUCAGUUCAGGAUUCGAGUGGAGACGUACCUUCAAGUCCCCACAUUGAGUUUGGUCUCUUAUAUGUGCUGGAAUUUCGAACCAGAAUUUCGGACAUUUUCCCCUACCUAUACGUCAUUUUCCAUUUUAUAUAAUGGGAAACGCUAAAGUAUAUGUCAUUUUGAAUUUUUGUGUGGGAUUGGACAACGGCGUUCCGGCCUAAAUUUUCAUUGGUUCUUUUCAAGGCUACAUGAUGCCCACUUGGCUAACAAUUUGAUUGUAAUUAUGCGCCGUGAUAUGUCAGGCGCUACAUUUAACUGCGUAGACGCUAGUAAAGCUUUCUGUUAGACUUGUGUGUACAAAAAGGCCAGCAGUAAAUAAUCCUCUAGUUUUUCUCGUUUCCUCAGCUGGUAAAAGAAAGAAAUUGAGAACGAUGUCUAUAGCGAAAUCAAAGAGCUUUAAGAACACAUAUGCCAAUUUUGAAAAGGGUGUUUAUAAGCCUUUUAUGCGGGAUAAUUGCGUUGGGCGAUAGACGUAUGAUACGUUUGAACGGUCAGCAUAUGCCUUUGAAGAACACGUAUAUCAAGCGAAAGUAGGCAGUUUCCUUAAAGCCCUCAAAACACUAAUUUUGUAUUAACCGCUGCCCGCUAUGGUUGGUUAAAGAGCGGCGCAGGUACGGUUGAAGCACAGGUACACGUAAUCGCAAAUCAGGGCUCGUUAGAAGAUUAUACCAGGAUGGAUAGACCUCCCAUUGUGUUGUGUCCGUUGAAUCCUUCACACAGUUCGUAUCGCCAAAUCAUGCUCACAUUCACACUUCCACCAGUCACAGUUCGUGUCUUCUCUUAUGUGCAUUGCUCACAGUGAGUGUUGUUUCGAUAUUUCGGUGUUGAAGUUUUUAAUAAAAAAAAUGUUU